AUGAAAAAAGAAGAUUAAAUACAUCUCUCAUCUUUGCAAAUUUGGAAUGGAUUAGACACUCCUGUUAAUUAAAGUACUAAUCUUUUUAGCGAUAAGUUCAAAUAAAGUUCAGAAUCUCAUUAUAAUUGCAACUAAUAAUUUUGUUUACAACAUCCUUAAAAAAGAGUAAGUAACCAUAAAUUAAAUUAAGGCUAAAUAUAUAUUACUAAACUCUGAAGGAUCAAAUGAAUAACUCUGCACAAAAUGUGCUGUCUUAUUUGCAUAAUAAGGACAUAAAAUAUAAUUAAUUGAAGAAGGUAUAAUAGUAUUUAUAAGCUUUAAUAGAUAAUGCUAAAAAGAAAUAAACUGACUCUUUUAUAGAUUAAUUGCUCUAAACAUAAAGUGAAAUCAGCAAUAUCCAUUCAAAUUUCUUAUGCACUGAGGCAAAUUUAAAAAAAUUUUAUAAUGACUAAUAUGCCAAAGUUGUUAAGACCUUUGGGAAUAUUGAAAAAUAACUUCAUAUGGUAACUUUUCCAAACUUAUUUUAUUAAAGUGUAAAUCUGAACUACUUUUUGCCUUGUCAUAAUCACUCUGGUCCGGUAUUUAAAUUACAAACUAAUUAAAAGUUUAAGCUAAAUAAAUAGAACAUUAGUUAGGAACUUAUAUUAAUGAUAUUAAAAAUCAUUAUGAUAAAAUAGUUUAAAUGAGUACACUUCCUUUUAAUUAAAUAAUGGGGGGUUAUAGUAGCAAACUAUUUAAAUUAUAAUAAUAUUUGAAAGAAAUUUAAGAAAAUAAGAUUAAUUAUCUUCAUUAUGAAGGUGAAUUAAAUAGUUUUGAUAUAUUUUUAAAAUAAUUAAGUUGUCUAAAUGAAAAGGAUUAACCUCAUAAUUAAAGAAAUCAUGAAAGUACAAGAUCAAGUUCAGAAUAAAAAACUUGUAAAAGUGUUGAAAAAGAAAAAAGAAAUUAAAGCCAACCUACUGGUAAAGAUGUUAAGUGUUUUGAUAAUUCUGAAAAGAAAACAACAUAAAAUUUUAAAAUUACUGAAUAAUCAAUUGAAGAAUGGAUGGAAAAUUCUAAUUCAAAAUAAAGAAAAACUGAGCCGGCUGAAAAAUUUGCUAGUCCUAAUAUUUUGGCACUUAAAUUUGUUAAAAAUAAUAAAUAGAUCAAUCUUAAUAGAGUAUCUAUGAAAUAAGAAACAAAUUAAGCCAUGCUUAAUAAAUUGAUUUCUGAAUUCUCCUAAAUCAAGAAAGAUAGAGUUAAAAAAAUGCAAUCAAAAACACCUGAAUUAGGAAAAAGUGUCUAAUAGAUAAUUCCAAAUAAAUUUUCCCCAAAGUUUCUUUAUAAAAAUUAUUAUAAAUGA